UCAAUAAACGCCCACGGAGAAGAAUUCGUCAGAGGUGGGUAAUAUGUGAAUGGACAUCAAACUCAAAAACUGGUAUCAGUUUUGUCACAUCUUAUAGAAAUGGAAGAUAUAUUUGUCGGACGAGUACAAUGUACAGAAAAUUUUAAAGCAGCUUGGAAUCGUGGCCAUUACAAGAUUUUCGGAAUUUAUGGUCCCAAGAGUGUUGGCAAAACGAGAUAUGUGAAGAACUUCCUAAGAAUUUUGAGAACUUCUGAAAAAAGUGAUAAAAUGAAAACAAUCACUCUUGAUUUCCAAUGCAUUAGAACAUACGAAGCAUACAUUGCAACUGUUGCUGGGUAUUUAAACAUACCGAAGUAUGACGUUUGUUCCCAUAAAAAUUGCCAAUGCAUACAAAAAGUUAUCAAGGUUCUUAAAGACUGUGACGAUGUUUAUAUUUUUCACCAUGACCAUCAAGAGGAAGCCAAGGCCAAACCAGACUCGGAUGGAAACCUUCCAGAUUCAACAAAACAAAGUCUCUGGGAUCAAAUCUAUGUAGAAGUCAUCAAACCACUUCUUACAGAAUGUAGCAACUUUUAUCUGAUCAUUUCCUCAAUGGAUGAAUUUCGAUUUGCAGAGCUAAGGAGGGUUUUCUGGAUGCAGAAACUCCCUGCUUUAACAGAGGAAGAGUGUUUGGAACUGUUAAAUGACGUAUGUCCCUCCUCUGAUGAAGUCACUAACGCUCGCCGACACGUAGUCAGACUUUGUGAAGGAAUACCACCAGCUAUAAUCAAUGCAGGUCUAUUGAUGAAGGAUAAUGUAAUAUCUGUCGAUGAGGUUAUACAUUUAAUGGUGAAACAGAUCGUUGAGGUACUGAGUGAUGAAUUUCUUCCUCAUCCAGAAAGAAUAAACACACAGCUGCAGCAUCGAUGGAAACAUUUGAGCCAAGAACAGAGUGACAACUUAGUGAAGACUCUUUUUAUUAUAAAAUACACCAGCAAAUCGACGAUAAAAGCAAACGCGAAAUUGUUAAGAUGUAAGAGUGUAGCAGAAUAUAAAUUCAACCACCUGCUUCCCUUGCUGAGAAGAAAUCUGCUGACAUACAACAAGGAUGACGAGACUAUCUCCACUUGUCCAUUGAUUAAGCACAUCUUAGAAGCUGUUAAUUACAUCAAAGCAGAUAAUAUCGGGAAAAAAUUACACGAACAAAUCAAAGCCAUACUGGAGCCACAGAUGCAAAAUGGAUCAGAAUGUUGUACCUUUGAUUCCAAUGAAAAACCUUCAUCAACAAAUUCUGCUACCAUGAGGAACGAUCUUUGUGCAUGUCAUCAGAAUUCAUUUGAUGCCAGAGACACGCAAAAAUGUUUUUCAAAAGUUCCAGUAGAACAUGAAAAUAAAUUUUCUGAUGGGAUUCCUGCUCAAGAAGUAGGUCCGGUCGAUUCUAAAAGUAAUUUAAGAAGUCGCCAUGAUUCUUUCAUUGGACAUAAUUUGAACAGGAAAUCUUUGGUGGAUGAAAAACAUUAUAAAGACAAGGAUAUUGUUAAAACAAGUCUUUCUUUUCAUCUUGAACAAAUGUCUUUAGGAGCAGACGAAUUUCGACAACUGAAUUGUAAGCAAAAUAUACAUGGAAAUUAUACAUGUACAAAUGAGAAUCUAGAGAAUCAUCUAUCAACAGAUGACAAUACAUCAGAUGAUAAUACAUACAGGAAACGUAGACUUGAUUCCUCUUAGUAGUGGGCACGUUGAUACUCAUCAUUUUUCAUUAUUCAAUGUAUAUAACAGGAAAUAGCAUUGAGACUCUGGCCCGUAUGAGCUCAAAAAUAUCCGGUAUUUCAUUUACUUCCUAGGCCAUUUCUUCGUCAGAAAGUACAAGAACAGAGGAAGCAAAUAUUUCUGAGGAUUGCGUCA